AUGGAUGUUGUUCAAAAUCUUGGAGCAUUACAAACAUAUGGAAGUGAAGCUUGGACAAUGGGUGUUGAAGAAGAGAGGAGAAUUUCUGCCCUUGAGACAUGGUGCUACAGAAACAAGUAUUUGCAACUAUUUUUAAUAACUUCCAUACCUGAAGACUUGGGAGGCUAUCUGAAGUUUUAUGACGCCGUGUCAAGUUUCAAAGGUGAAACUUAUAGUUUUAUCGUCAACUUUCUGUUGAGUGGUGUUGGAGACAAUUCAGCUGGAGACAAAUUGCUGCCUUCUGCAGCCGCCAGCGAUGGACUUGCUAACUGCAUUCACGAUUUGAAAUUAUUUCAAGAAGCCUACCGAAAAAGGGAAGUUUGGGCUUUGAAAAUGAUCGAUGCAUCUACCCAACUACAACCCGGUUUCCUGCAGGGAAACACUGUCGACUUGGGCAAUUUCGACGAAUGCAUUGAAAUAAACAAUCGCAAGCACAACAUCACUGGCAAGCAUUGUUUCAUUCACUACUAUGUUGAAGCCAAUGCGUUGCCAACUGUUACAAGUCUCCAGCAUGUGCUCAACGGCAUCUGUGUUCCGUCCAGCUGUUCUCAACUAAAUCUGCUGUAUAUUUUGGAAAUAUCUUCCAUGGUCAAUGUUGAAACGCGUCUGAGUCCUAUGAUCAGUCGUUGUCAAACCAAGGACAACAGUGAAGCACGCGUGAGAUCUAUUGAGGCAGCUGUAUUGUCGAGUUUUUGCGUGUUGGGAUCUAUCGUACUGAUUGCAUCUGGAUUCGACAUUUAUUUGAAGAAUUAUUGGAAAAGGAAACAGACUCAACCUCACAUGCCAUUACUCGAAUUUGAGAGUAUUAAAGAAUACAAAUUGGGUAGCAUGAAAUCUCAAAGAUGUCUCCUGGCUUUUUCCUUAUUAUCAAAUGGCAAAGAGCUGUUUCGACUGGAUAAGGCUGAAAAAUCAAUCAAAUGUCUGUAUGGCUUGAGAUUCAUUGGUGCCUGUUUCGUACUUUCUAUUCAUCGUAUGUUGGUUGAUCCACAGGCCUUUUCCAACGUUUUUGAAUUUGAAUUUGAAAUGAGAAAAUGGUACAGAGCCAUACAACUGAAUGCAUAUCUGUUUGUGGAUCUAUUCUUCGUGAUGAGUGGAUUGCUACUAUCCUACAAAUAUUCUAGUCACAUCAAGAAUGGAUCAACAUUGAACUUGAUUCAUUAUUAUUUACAUCGUUAUUUGAGACUGACUCCCCCCCUACUCGUUUGCGUAAUGCUAGAACUGUUGCUGGGUUUGCUAUGCAACGGCCCUUAUUGCAUACAAGUUCUAUUGCUGCGUAGGGAUAGGUGUAUUGAUAAUGCUCUUUAUACUCUCACAUACCUCAACAAUAUGUUUUCAAAUAGUGGGAAAUGUCUAGGCCAUAGUUGGUACUUAUCAGCCGAUAUGCAAAUGUACGCACUCGCGCCAUUUUUAUUCUUUUUUCUGAGGAAAUAUCGAAGAACAGUCCCUUAUCUACUUUCUCUUUGCCUAUUAUCCAACAUUUUAAUAGUAUUUUCAAUAAGCUAUCGGUAUGGAUUCAAGGCUGGUUAUAUGGAUUAUGAUCAUUUGAGUUAUUUGGAUAGUCAACUCAUCUACUACCCUUUCUACACAAGGAUGGGUCCUUGGUUUAUUGGAUUUGCUUUAGGACUGAAACUUCAAAGCUUCAAUAAUCAAAAUUAUCGACAUAGUAAGAGAGUUCUCUCCUUGGGCUGGAUAGCUGCUCUAUUAUGCUUAUUCAUAGCAAUCUUUGGAGUGUAUCCCUUCAACCAAAUCGACUUCCAACAUGACAGAAUCACAGACAGUCUUUUCAAGGCUCUCGAUCGCAACCUCUUUGGUCUGGGAUUUGCCUGGAUCAUAUACGUCUGCUACACGGGCCACUGUGGUGUCCUCAACAGUUUCCUAUCCUCUCCAGUGAUGCAAUUCCUUGGUAAAAUUUCGUACAGUUUCUAUUUAAUCCAUCCAUUUGUGCAAAUGAUUCAGAUCAGGAAUGUUACCGGUUCUAGAAAGUAUUCAGACCUCCUACAGGGAUCAAUACUUCUAGGCGACAUUUUCUAUUCAUUACCAUUUGCUAUUAUCCUCUAUUUGGCAGUUGAAGCGCCCUUUCUGAAGUUGGAGAAAAUAUUACAUAAAACCUCGAAAAUUUGUGGUGGAAAUAUAAGUGUGGUGGAGAAACCAUAAGUGUUAAUCAACUCACGUGUUGCAGAUAAGUGAAGAACUGGAUUCAUGUGGAACUU